AUGAAGUCAUUCAUCAAAUCUCACAAACGUAACGAGUCGCUCCAGUCAUACACCUCAUCGUCGACCACCAAGAGUCCUCAGGCAUCGCCGCUAUUAAACCAAUCAUCUUCUGCGCCCAGCAGUCCCAAAAAACUCCUCAAUCCCAUUAAGAACUUGUUCCACAAGAGACAACCGCUGGCAGACUUAGACGAUAUUUUUGUCUCCAGGCCCAAUUUUUACAAGAGUCGGGACGUUAAGGUCAUUUCUGAGCCCCUUGAUAUUGUAAGAAACUCAACGAAGAAGUCAUCAAAACGAUUGAAGUCCAAGCUGUCGGCAAGCACAAAUCCUGAUGCUCCAGAAGAAGGUGACGUGGAUUAUGCUGAUUCCUCUUCGGAGGGCUCCGACGACUCCAAUUUCUCGUUUGUUAAAGAUGUAAUAGGUGGCCGGAAUACCUCCAUCAAGUACUACAAGACAAAGUCCACCCAAGUACCCGAACAUAAUCGGCCCAUUUACUUUGAUAACGACCAAGACCAUGAUAUUGAUGUUGAUGAUUAUGACUUUGAAAAUAACGGACUUGAUGGUUAUGAUGGUGUUGAUGACUACAAUGAUAUAGAAGAGGACAUAAACUAUAUUGAUGACUUUGAUGAUGAUGUCGACAAGAUUGACCGACCUCAACCUGGAAGUUGCAUCAGUGACGAUGCAGUAUUUAACCCAGAAGAGUAUUCCAACCACUUUGCUGAUACCGAAGAUGAAGGAGGCUAUUAUGGAAACAUGAAGAUAUACUCGUUGCAUAAUAAGAAGCCAUUCAACCAAUCCUACCACCUUUCUAUCAAUGGAAGCAAGCAUGGCUCAGAUAAAAGUGGUGACGAUCAUGUCGAUCUUCUUGAUAGCUACUUGGAUGUGGAUCCUGACGAAAUUGGGUUUACUACAGAUACCCCUAAAUUUGAAUCUAUUGACGAUUUACAACUCUAUGACUUGAAUUCACCCUUAAUUAAUGGAAUUAACAUGGGUGGUAACACUUCCAGCAGGUUCAACAAUAUCAGUCCAGCUGUGAAUACAAACCUCCACCCGAAUGUUAAGAGUUUCCAUUUGUCAAUUGACGAGAUUCAAUUGUAUAAAGGUGAAGAAGAUAUUGGUAUUGGCUCCAAGUCGGAAACUAAAAAUCUAGCUUUCGGAGCGGUGCUAGCAGACUCGGCACUUGAUGACGAUGAGAUCACCAACAUAGAAAGUUAUAAUGACUACCAGUUCCAAGACAGCUCUGAUGAAUUGACUAAAUCACCUUCAGAUACCCAAGGGUAUUCGGAGGCUCAAGCAGAAAUUGACAUGACCUUGAAAAACUUAGAGUCAUCAGCAGAACCUAAACUGGAUGCUCCAAAAAGUGUUCCUCCGAGAAUUAACAGACGUUCUAUAAAUGAACUCAUGAACCUACUAGAAAAUCUUCAAGUAGACAAUGGAAUUACACAGCAGAGUAAACGUGACUCCAUUGAAAACAUGAUGCAUUUUUUGAAGAAUAUCCAGAAAACUCAAGUAAGCAGCUCAACAGAUGGUGGUAUUUUACCCAAUCGUCAUACGGUUACUUCAAAUGCAAUAAAGCCUGUUAAAGAGACGAGAGCUAUCAAAGAACAGGAAGACGAAGAUGAAGGGCCUAAUUUCUUGGAUACCGACUUGAACGAUUUGGAGAAGGAUUUACUAGAUGAAAUCAACCAAUUACCGGAAGAUUAUGAUUUUGAUGCUAGAGAAGAGCUUUUAAACCAAUUGGAUUACAUUAACAGCAGUAUGCGAUCACUGCCAUUUAUGAGGUCAAGUUCAUUUAACAAAAAACCCAAGAAGCUAUCCCAUUCUUCUAGUUUGAAGAAUCCCAGCAAGAUCGAAACUUCAAACAAAACUGUGACCUACUACAACAAGUCCCAACCAGGAAGUUUCAAGAGCAAGAGCCACAGUCCCAUUGAUGACUUAAUGACAAUUAGAGAAAAAAACUAG